GCCUGAGCGUUCUGUUUUUUUAUUGCAGUUUAUGCUAAGUAAAAUGGCGGUGAUAUUCUCCGAAUAAUCCAUAAUAUAAUAUCAUUUUUCCGGAUAAUUGAUCGACAUUUCAAAAAAAAAUUACAAACAAAACGUCGAUCAGGCGACGGUAUACAACGUUUUAGUAUAAAUUUUGUUGGUGAAGUGAUUUGUUCGACGCACGAAAAACUGAACGGGAUCGCUUUCGGAUGAGCAGCCAAAAUUAAUUUUGCAAAUUAUAGAAUUAGUCGGCAACGUUUUGGAUAUUCAACCAAAUUCAACAUCUGCGAACAAGUCGCUGAAUCUGUUUUCAUCGUAAAGAUGCUCACAACAAGGCAUUGCUAAUGAACAUAGGCGCUACAUGUGACUAUCCGUUUUUAAUUUUCUUAGACCAAAUUACCUGUGUGGAAAUCAUUGAAAAAUUGCUAAGAAAAUUUAACCCACAAACGAAGAACCAACGACAACACCGACCAACGGAACUAUUUUUUAAACAAAUAUGACUACGGACACACGUAGACGAGUGAAGCUAUAUGCAUUGAAUGCAGACCGGCAAUGGGACGAUCGUGGUACUGGUCAUGUAUCAUCGAAUUACGUUGAACGACUCAAAGGUAUAUCAUUGCUGGUGCGGGCUGAGGCUGACGGAUCGCUACUACUGGAAAGUAAAAUUCAACCGGACACAGCCUAUCAAAAGCAGCAAGACACACUGAUUGUCUGGUCGGAAGGUGACAAUUUUGAUUUGGCAUUGAGUUUCCAGGAGAAGGCUGGUUGUGAUGAGAUCUGGGAGAAAAUUUGUCAUGUUCAAGGCAAAGAUCCGUCGGUGGAUAUAACGCAAGACAUCGUUGAAGAGUCGGAAGAUGAACGUUUCGAAGAAAUGUCCGAUUCGGCGCCGCCCAUUGAGUUGCCGCCUUGCGAACUGUCCCGAUUGGAAGAUAUAUCGGAGGCAAUAGCAAGCGGUUUGACUACACCACUGCGAAAGGAGAAACUUGCAAUGGCACUGGAAUCGGACAACUAUAUCAAAAAGCUGCUGGGCCUGUUUCAUGUGUGCGAAGACCUGGAGAACAACGAGGGACUGCAUAAUUUGUACGAAAUAUUCAAAAAUAUUUUCCUUCUCAACAAGAAUGCCCUGUUCGAAAUAAUGUUCGCUGAAGAUACGAUAUUCGAUGUGGUCGGUUGUUUGGAAUACGAGACGUGCGUGGAUCCACCGAAGAAGCAUCGGCAGUACCUUAAACAAUUGGUUAAGUUUCGCGAAGCCAUCCCAAUCAAAAACCAAGAUCUACUCGCUAAAAUCCAUCAAACAUACCGUGUGCAAUACAUUCAAGACAUCAUUCUGCCGACACCGUCUGUGUUCGCCGAAGACAUUCUACCCAACACAUUGUCGAGCUUCAUUUUCUUCAACAAGGUUGAAAUCGUCACGCUGAUACAGGAGGACGAACAGUUUCUCGUCGACCUGUUCGCGUUGCUGACCGACCCGAAUACGGAGGAGGACAAGCGACGUGACAUCGUGCUGUUCCUGAAGGAAUUCUGCAACUAUGCACAGAAUCUGCAGCCGCAAGGAAAGGAUGCAUUUUAUCGAACAUUGACGUAUCUGGGAGUGUUGCCUGCAUUGGAAAUCACAUUGGUCAUGAAGGAUCAAAAGACGAAAUCGGCUUCAAUUGAUAUUCUCACUGCAAUCGUUGAAUAUUCACCAUGUAUAAUUCGAAAUUAUACGUUGCAACAGGUGCACAAGACAAUUGAGGAUCAAAUGUUGAUAAACAUAGCUAUUGAACAAAUGUUGGCCGAUUCAGAACCGGAACUCGGAUGUGCUUUUCAGAUUAUGGGCGUCAUACGAAUUUUACUUGAUCCAGAGAAUAUGAUAACCGGCAAAACGGACUUCCUGAACUUCUUUUAUAAACAUAGCAUCCAAACGCUAAUAGCUCCACUUCUGAUAAACACAAUAAAUGAUAAACCGCAAAAAGAAGACUAUCAAACUGUUCAAUUACUAGGCCUGGUAUUAGAACUGUUAUCGUUUUGUGUAGAGUAUCAUACGUACCAUAUUAAGAACUGCAUUCUGCAGAAGGACCUUCUAAAACGAAUACUUGUUUUGAUGAAAAGUACUCACACGUUCCUUGUGCUGGGCGCGCUUAGACUAUUGAGAAAAAUUAUUGCACUGAAAGAUGAAUUUUAUAAUAGACAUAUAGUCAAAGGUAAUUUAUUUGCACCGGUUGUUGAAGCAUUAAUUAGAAAUAAUGGCAGAUAUAAUCUACUCGACUCUGCUAUAUUAGACCUUUUUGAGUUCAUUAAAAGUGAAGAUAUCAAAAGCCUUUGCACAUACGUUGUCGAAAAUUUUACCAAAAUUUUCGACCAAAUCGAAUACGUUCAAACUUUCAAGCAUUUGAAAGCCAGAUACGAACAACAUCAAGAAAUGUUGAAAGAACGCGACAAGAUUUUAGAUAGUUCCGAUUCAUUCCGAUCCAGCAUACCGAUGAUCCGGAACAUCAGAUAUCGACGAGAUCAGCGGCAAUUGGAAGAGGAGGAGGAAAUGUGGUUUAACGAAGAAGAUGAUUUUAGUGACGUACCGGCAGCUAAGCCAGAAAUUGAAUCAUAUAGUAUGAUGAAAAUUGAAAAGAACGGUCCAUCGAAGCCUAACAGUUCGUCACCGCCAACGUCAACUAAUUCACAUUCGACUACAAUCACUGUUUCCAGUGCACCUGUUGUUAAUCCAGCCGAUUCUCCGCCACGUCAACCGGAUGCAUCCGCGCCGGACCAAAAGUCCGCACAACCAGCUACCGCUACGAACGUUACUGGCCUCAAUAGCACCAAUCCAAUUGACAAACCCACAUUGAAAACAGAAGACACGGAAGAUGUGACAACCCGUAUAAUUGACACACCUGAGAUGACAACUGGUUCGUUGCAAAAGUACCUUGCGGAUUACGAGGGUGAUUCAGAUGAGGAAGAGGAGGACGAUUCAAUAAGUGCACCCUCAUCAAAAAAAUCUCGCAUCGUAUAGCAGCUAAAUUCAGAAAUAUAAAUCGUACCAGUGCGACAUCCGACAAAUACACACACAAACAUACAGAGGAGAACAAUGUCAACCUGAAAUUUUAUAUUGAAUUUAAAUUAGCAAAACAAAACAGAAAACAGAUGCAGAUAAAAAGCAAAGCAAAAAAAAAAAAUUGAUGAGAAAGGCAAACAGACAACAAAAUCCAAUAAAAAUUUAUUAUCUCUGACAUUGAAAAAUUAGAUUCGUAAACAACAACAACAAAAACUUUUUGUCUUUGCACCGCGUUAUUUGAUUUUUUGUUUUUAAAUAUUUGGACUAAUUUUGGACAAUGAAAAAAUGGAAAAAACAUUUCAGAAUCCAAAAUGUGCGGGAAAGUAAAUUUCAUUCUUUUUCUCUCCCAAGUAUAAAUCACAGAAAGGAGGAAAGUUGAAAGGAAUAACGGAAUCGGCUAAUCGAUGUAUGCGAGAUUUAAAAGAAGAAAACUAACUAAAAGCUGAUUGUGAAGGUAAAAUGUAAAAGAAAACGUGAAAAGCGACAGAUAAAGAGGAAAAAGUAUAAAUUGGCUUUCUUUAAAAUUAAUUAAGGAACAACUGUAUACAUCCAGAGAAUGUGAUACAUAUACAUAGCGAUUAUAUUCACAACCAUUUUCUACUAUGAUUUAUUAUUUAAAAUUACAAAACAUUUUUCGAUUUUUUUUAUUUUUAUUUUAAAUUAUUUCAAUUAUCAUUUUUUUCAUACAAAAUGCUCAACAUCUCCGGUUUCAUAUAAAUAUUGAUAACAACAAAGAAAACAAAAUUUAACUUAAAGAAGAAAAGAAAUUAAUUUCUAGACACCUCAACCAAGCAAGAACACCUGUAAUUAUUAUAUCGCUGAAUUAUAGGACAUUUUAUGCAAAAAAGUGUGCAGUAAAAUUGUGUUCUUUCUUAUUGUUUCGAUGACAAAACUGAAAUUUAAAACUAAUUAACAAAAAAAUUAAAUCUCUGCAUCAUAGUAACGAAAUGGUUUUUGGAAAUAGGUACAGUGUUAUGUAAUUUGUAAUUUUUAAAGAGAAUAACAAGUAAACAAGAUGAAGAUUGAGAAACACACACACACACACACGAAACCCUAUGUUAAUCUUUUUAAAUAAAAAUUAAGGUAAAAAAAAUUAAAUUAAAUGAAACAAAAAAAGAGAAGAACGACAUGGACUUUAACAAAAAAAAAAAAUAUUUCCGGGAGUUGUAAAAACUAAAAAAAAAAUAUUGAAGAAAAAAAAACGAAAUCACACUUUUGAUUUGUAUAAAUGUUGGAAAGUUUAAGCAGAAAUUCUUUUUACGAAUAGAAAAACAACCAACCAACCAAUCGACUUAGUUUAUUUAUGGUAGUUUCUUAAAGCAAAUUUUGUGUUCUUUUUUCGAAAUAUAAUAAUAAAGAAAACGAGAAAAAAAUCACAGACCAGAAAUAUUAUAUUUUUGUAUUUAAAAAUGAAAAAAAAAAUGAGAAAAAAUUUGUUGUGCAGAUUUUCACUACUUUUCGUUUAGGGUCUAAUUUAAUGUGUUUGUCUUUUUGUUUGACGUAACGUAAUUAAUCCAUUUUUUUUAAGCGUAAGACAAUUUUGUUUUGUUAGUAACAAAAGAUGAAUGAGCAAUUAAAAAUUCGUCGAAAUUUCAGAAGUUUCCAGUCAAAUACAAAAUUUAUGUUGCUUGGCAAUAAGUUGAGACAAAGAAAAGGAAAACGUGACCAAGUUUCGAGAGAAUUUUUAUUUCUGAUCAAUUUUGAAUGUAACAUUUUUUUCGAAACAUAUUUCUCGUCCAAUAUCCAUCUUAAAUCAAUUUCAAUCAGCUCAGAUAAAUCUGAACCACAAAAAAAUCACAGCUACGUUUUUAAGCGGUAUGUGAAGUUGCGUAUAGCUCUUCUGAAUCCUAACAUUUUGGAUUAGUGAAAAAUGACUGAAAAAUAGCAUACGGUCCACUGAGAAAUGUUUGAAUAAUGUGUGGAAUUACAGUCCACAGUUACCAAUUUAUAUUUUAAUUGGUAGACAAAUUCUACUCUGUUGGUAACUUUUGUGAAAUAUAAUUACCAAUAGCGCAGUAUUUGUGCACCAUUUAAAUAUAAAUUGGUAACUGUGGACUGUAAUUCCACAUAUUUUUCGAACAUUUCUCAGCCAGUGGACCGUAUGCUAUUUUAAAGUCAUUUUUUAAACCAUUUUCCACGAAUUUUUUACUCGCCCUCUCUGUAUUAAAGAGUAUUUCCAGAUCUCUGUCUGACUUACAUAAAUACUGAGUUCGAAGACAGUGUUUAACGAACAGUUUUCCUGAUUACAUUCAGCGUCAUUCGGUUCCAUUUUUCUGAGCUGAAAGAAUCGUGUUCAGUUUGAUCAAUUUUCACAAAACAAAAAAUCAGAAAAUAAAUUGGAUUGACAAAAAGUUCAAUUUAUGGACGUAAUCUUCGCGACAAUGAAUUGAUCACUUUUCGGAAGUAUCGUUUCCGAUUUUUUUUUUUUCAAAUUUUUGGUUCACUGAAAAUUCAUGCCCCAAGUUCACUUCAUUUUUGGCUGUACGUUUCCCCGGGUCGAUCAUGAAACUUUGGUGGAUUGAAAAUCUACAUGAACUGUUUACUAAUUUAAAAUAUUUUUGGUGGAGUGAAGCAAUUGAGGGGAAUGUGAUUGGCAUUGUUGAAACGGUUUCAGUUCAGUGUUGUUUUAAUUUCCCUCAAUUUAUGCCCAACGAUACACCAUAUCGCAGGAAUGCGCCCACAAACUGAAUUUUUAACAUUCUAUUUAUCGAACAAUUCAUUUGCCUGUUAGAGACAAUUUUUUUUGAAAUCAAAAUUUUUCUUUCGUCAGUCCGGUUGGAACACAUAACCAAAAAAAAAAACUAUGUUACAUUCGAAUCUCAUAUAUAGUUCGCAAUUUUCUAAAAUUAGGAUUUUUUUGUAUUUUUUAUUUUAAUUAUUUUCGUGCGCAUUCAAAACCCAUAGCUUUCCAACAUUUUUUAUAAAUUGAAGACUAAGAAAACGACGAAUUCUAUGUAAAUACUACCCCCAUUAAAAAAAAACAAGAAAAAUUUGAAAAAAAAAUCUUAAAAGAAAUGAAGUCGAUGACAUGAUUAAAACCAACAAAACAAGAAUCGGUAAACAAAUUACAAAACAAAAGGCAAAGAAAUUAUUUAAUUCGAUCUGUGAAAUGUCAUAUUUCGAUGUAAUUUAUAAAAAAAAAACUAAAAUGGAAAAAGUAUGGAACUGCAACCGUUCAAAUAUAUUAUUUGUGUACAUUUAGUUCAAAAA